AUGAGUGAAGGCGAUCAAAAGAAGGCGCUAAUCGAAAAAAUAAUAAAACAACGUAAUGAAAUUAGUCGUAUUAAAGAAGUAGGUAAUCGUGAUUUUGAUAUUUUGAAGAAGAAACUUGCUGAAGCUCGAGAUCAGAAACAAAAAUUAAUAGAUCAUGAUUACAGCAUUCUGGAAGGCAUAGAAAAUGAAAAAGCAAAGAAAGUUUUACAAUUAGCAAAAGAUACUGAAAAAUUAUCCGAAGAACAUGAUUUAUUAGUAAAGCAAAAUAAGAAAAGCGUUGAUAGCAAGAAAGGAAUUGAAGAUGGAAUGAUAACAUUUGAAGACACAAUUAAAAAUCAACUCGGAUUAUCAAGUACAAACGAAAUUGUGCCAAAAUUGAAAUCCUUAAAAGAAUUGCCUAAAAAGAAAUUUGAAUUGCAGCGCAAGCUAGCAGAGAUGAAUGAUGACACUCAAAAUGAUAUAGCAAUCGAAAAUGGACCCAACGAAAAAGUUCGUCAAGAAAUGAGAGCAGAAUUAGAAUCAUUAGCAAGAAAUUCAAGAAGUUCAAAUCCAGAAUUAUCACACUUACUUGCAGCUUUGCAUAAUACUCUAUUUCGAAUUAAUGGCAAUCCAAAUGAAGAGUAUUUCGAAGCCCAUGCAAGGAGUGUUGUAUAUCAAUCGCGUGCUUAUGGAAAAUCUGUUCAAACAACAGAUCAAUUACCUGUUCGCGAGACGAAGAAUAAUCCUCCAAAUCCCCGUAAUUUUUAA